AUGGCCCGUCAAAACUUUUUAGGCUUGGUUGUCUCCCAAGGGAAGAUGCAAAAAACAGUUAAAGUGCGUGUAGAAACAAAAGUCUUCAAUAAAAAAAUCAAUAAGGAAUUGUUUCAUAGAAGAGAUUAUUUGGUGCAUGAUGAAGGUGAAAUAUCAAGAGAGGGUGAUCUAGUAAGGAUAGAAGCGACGAGGCCGCUUUCAAAGAGGAAGUUCUUUGCCAUUGCAGAGAUUAUUAGAAACAAAGGUCAACAAUUUGCAUUAUACGAAUCAGAAGCUCAAUUAAGUGUUGCAAAGGAGGAAGCACAAAAGGCAAAAGAAUUCUUAGACAAAAGGUUAGUAAGAGAAAAUAAACUGAAUGGAAAAACGACUCUUUUACGGGAUAUUAGAAUCGUCCAAGAUGCAUUAUCUAAGGGAUCAACACCGAAAGAGUUAUUGGAGAUUAAACAAAGAUAUGGUAUCCAGGAUUUUUCGCAGGAAACUGUGAGGCAGCUUUUACAAUUAAACAUCUCUGAAUUGGAGGUUAAUUUAGGGAAACAAAGAAUUAUGAUUGAUCGUAUUCAAACGCGAUUAUCCGAGUUAUUGUCGAAUGACCUAAAAUGUGAUCAGUUUUUGAAAGAUCAUGGUGUUGAGGAUCCUUUGACUUUGAAGAAAAACAUCAAGAAGAAUUUACUAAGAAAACAUGUCAUGAUGGAUUUGCAACAACCAAGGCAGUAA